GUUUCUUUUUUUCAGACAUGUGUAGAAAGAGCGUGUGUGAGGGGUGUAAUGAGCUUAUCCGGGACAAGUACCUGCUCCGCGUGCAGGACGGACUGUGGCACGAGCGCUGCCUGCGCUGCGCAUCAUGUCGCGAGCCACUGAAAAACACCUGCUUCCUCCGUAACAAGACACUCUACUGCAAGCGAGACUACCAGAAGUUGUUUUUGGUAUGGUGCAAGGGCUGUGCGGAGGUCAUCUCUCCGGCCGAGCUGGUGAUGCAUGCAGGCACUGCAAUCUUCCACCUGCGCUGUUUCUGCUGCUGUGUGUGCGCCUGCAGGCUGCAGAAGGGAGACCGCUGUGUGCUCACAGAGGACAGGUUGCUCUGUGCAAGAGACUUUCAUAGCCAACUGGUCAGCCCGGCCACCUCCGACUCAGGUAAAAGUGAAGAUGAUGAUGAGGAGGAAUAUAACAAAGGGAACAUUAAGACAGCAGGGGACAAUAACACAACUGUAGACAUGGACCACAAGAGACCCAAAAGGCCUCGUACCAUCCUUACAACACAGCAGAGACGAGCUUUCAAAGCUUCUUUUGAGGUCUCAUCCAAACCAUGUCGAAAGGUGAGGGAGACUCUGGCAGCAGAGACAGGACUCAGCGUACGAGUCGUUCAGGUCUGGUUCCAGAACCAAAGAGCCAAGAUGAAAAAACUGGCAAGAAGACAGCAGCAAAAGCAAAGUGUGUCUCCUCAGGAGAAAAGGGACAGCCAAGCACAACACACUGUGCCCUCUUGUGGAGGUCUUCCUGCAGAGCUAGAGAGAUUAGGUUCAUAUGUCUCACUGCCCCAACAAAAUAUCAGUCUAGAGUCAAGGAGCUUCAAGCUGGACCCCUUCAGACAGGGCCUUACCCCUCCACAGAUGCCUGGAGAUCACAUGCAUCCCUAUGGCUGUGACACUUUCUAUGAUGAUACGGACAGUGACCCUAUGUGUCACUUCGCAGACUGUUUGUCGUCCAGUGAACCCUCGCUCUUGACACCCAUUGACUGUUUGUAUUCAAUGCAAGACUCAGUACUUUGCAUCUUGAGCAUUCUUCAGAUGCCUCUGGAGAAAUAUAUGAGAUGUGUAUGCAUGUGUGGAUGUGUGUGUACUGCUUGUGUGAGUGUUCUGCUUUUGCAUGUUUCAGGACUCAGAUAUAGAAAUGGUGGUGACUGCCGACAAUGGAAAUGUACUUUGAUGAAAAUGUUCUCGGUGUAA